UUUAGGUGGGACGUGCACGAGAGAGUUCGAGUGAGGUGAGAGACAGAGCAGAGGGAGAGGUAGAGAGAGAGAGGAGAGAAGCGAAAGCCGGAGAGAGAGGAGGGAGAGGGGAAGAUGAGCCGGAGCCUGGGAAUCCCGGUGAAGCUGCUGCAUGAGGCGGCGGGACACGUGGUGACGGUGGAGCUCAAGAGCGGCGAGCUUUACCGUGGCUCUAUGAUCGAGUGCGAGGACAACUGGAACUGCCAGCUUGAGAACAUCACCUACACCGCCAAGGAUGGGAAAGUGUCACAACUGGAGCAUGUUUUCAUCCGAGGCAGCAAAGUCAGGUUUAUGGUGAUCCCUGAUAUGCUGAAAAAUGCUCCAAUGUUUAAGCGUUUGGAUGCGAGAAUCAGAGGCAAGGGAUCGUCUCUUGGAGUUGGUCGCGGUCGUGCUGUUGCUAUGCGAGCUCGGGCACAAGCUGCUGGCCGUGCUGGUGCUCCCGCUGGCAGAGGUCCGGUGCCUCCGAUAAGAAGGUAGUCUGUCACUUCUUGCUGGUGCAGUAAUCGCUGGUUUAGGGACUUUAUGGACCAACUUCUUUCCUGUUUGAAGGGUCCUCGAAAUCACAGUGUCAUCUCAUGAUCUAUGAUGUACCUUACCUCACCGUCCUUGUAAGUUUCUUUUAGUAGUCGCUGAUAUCGAAACGUUAAAUAUGUCAGGACAAAUGAAUUGUGCUUUUGUGAACGAGCUACCUUAGAUUUUUAACAGCAAACCACCCCAGGGUUGAAAGUGACCGGCCCAUCUCAGGUUGCAUA